AUGAAUGCCAGCGAUGCUCAAACCUUGCUCUCUGAGUCCCCACAGAAAAGCUCCUUCAGUCGCUCUCGACGAUAUGCUCAGAGAGCAAUAACUAGAGCAGUCGAAACUAUCCUACCGUCGUUCAUACUUGUGCUCAUCUGCUAUGGGUGGUAUCUCGCCGUCACGGAAAUCGGUAUAGGCUGGCUCAUCCGGAGACAUGGACGCUGGGCAGUCGGAGCAUUAUACGUCCUCACAAUGAACCUCCUCCUCCUUCCCCUUCUCGCCGUCCACAUCCACCUCUGCAUCUCCCGGAAAACACACAGUAAACCUCUCUACACCCCUCCCCGCACGGACCUCGCUACAUACCCCUACGAAUGCGACCCCAAGGGAGACUUGCAAUUCUGUCAUAAGGGAGGCUGUGCAGGCCGCUGGAAACCCCCCGGAACGCAUCAUUGUUCGACAUGUGGCGUAUGCCGUCUGGAAUUCGACCACCACUGUCCUUGGCUAGGCAACUGUAUAACCGCCCCCCGCCUCAAACCCUUCCUCCUCCUCCUCUCCCUCACCCCUCUAACCGUCCUCACCUCCAUCCUCCCCAUCUAUACGAUCCUCACCUCCCACAUCGCCCUCGCACUGCGGGUUUCCCAGGGCGAUGGAUGGGCGAACGAGGUGUGGUGGGGGAGGUGGUAUAGUUGGGUGGUCUGGGGGGGACCGUUGGGGAGGUGGGUCAUGGGCACGGCUUUGGGGUUCAGAUUGAUUAAUGGCAGUCGGGAGGGGGAGAGGGAUGGUCCGGGGGAUGUCAUAGAGUUCCCACAUGCGAGAGUCGCGAUCGUCGUUUGUGUCGCUUUAUUUCUCUCUGUGUUUACCGCCGCCAUGGCCGUCCUCACGAUCCGAGAUAUCCUACGCGGACAAACAACACUAGACACGAUCAUCCUCCGUCGUCAGACCCGUGCCGUCUCCGCGAAACCUAACACAACCACACCGUUCAAAUACGUCUUCAUACCUAGCAGCUACCUCUCUCCGGCUUCAGAUCCAGAUCUAGAUCCGAGACGUUCUCUUCCCGCGAGCGAUACGUCUCUAGCGUCUGCGUCUGCGUCUGCGUCGGGCGUACAGCCGACUAUCACUCCUCCUUUAGUAGUCAACAAAGACGAUAACCCAAACACACCAUCGUCAUCCUCAUCGUCAUCGUUAAUGCAAACCGAUCCAUCCACCACGCCCACGCCGGUCGGCUAUCUAUGCCAUGUUCUCCCGCAUGAGCGGCUCUACGAUCUUGGUAGAAAAGAGAACUGGAGACGGAUGAUGCGCAUGCCGUUGUUCGAUACUUGGUCUUCCACGGAUCGGACCCGUAGGAGCGGUGAGGCGUUAUUGCCUGCGGAGAGGUAUGUGUGGCCGAGGAUGAAUUCUGGGGUGUUGGAGAGGAUGGUGCGCGAUUUAAGAUGA